GAUUAAUAUGGCGACCAGUGCUUGCAGAUCACUUCAUGGGCAACAAUGUUUAUAUAAAUUUAAACCAUGGAUAACCUCGUUAUCUUUCAUUUUUCGUCAAUAUCACGCCGUAACUUUGAACACUAACACAUGUUGUUUCAGUGGAACAUUUUGGAAGAGCCAUGAACGAACGAACCGUUUAACAAAGAAUUAUUUUUCAAACAAGCCUCAUAGAGUGUCUGUUGUAGUAUCGCGUGGACCCCUCAAGUGGAUUUCAAAUAAAUUUAAACUUUUCUUAGUGAAUUCCUACUUUGAUGCAGAUUUUGAUGAAGAAACGUUUCUUGAAGGCGCUAAACAGGUUCCAAUGCAUUUGUGUAAAUGUGUUUAGACUGCAAGCAGAGUGAUCUCAAUGAAACAAGCUAAAUAGGGAUGCAACUGCCUGUCUACCUGAAAAUAUAUAUAAAUAUAAGGAGAAUUUACUCCAGAUGCUAGUAAACUUCAGAUGAAGGGCCUUCGCUCAAAACGUCGAAUUCUCCUUAUAUAUUUUCAGGUAGUUGAAUCCCUCCCAAUGAAAGCCUUGCAAAGCUUGUUCAUUUCAUUGACACUGCACUGACAAAGACAGUUUAAGAUUGAUCUCAAUGGAGGCUCUGCCGUGUGUUACAGUAUAUCAGUUUCACUUUCAUAUUUUUUCCAGGCUGUAAUCACCGUAUCAGCUUUGGUAUCAGAAAGAAAAUUCAAUAAACUUCAGGGAUUGUUGACUUGUGAGGUGUGUGGCCUAGUGGCAGAUGCUUCAUAUUGCUGCAAGUUGCAGUUCUUUAAAACGUUAACUUAGUUACUGUCGUUCCAAUUGAAGUGUUCCUCAAAUAUUGAUUCAAUACAUUACCUCAGGUUGACCAAUUCAUUUCGUCAAGUUCCUCGAGAUAUUCAUACACUUCCUGCGAAAGAGCCAAUUCCAAGUAUUUGAUCAUUUCUGGUCACUUCCUUUCUAUUUAUGAUUGGUUAGUUGCACAAACAACAAAGGUGAUUGGUGCAUUCAAACUAUUCAACAGGAAGUUUACAAUUAUAAUAGGAAGUGUAUGAAUAUUUUGAGGAACUUGAUCAAAUGAAUUGGUCAGCCCGAGGUAAUGUAUUGAAUCAAUAUUUGAGGAACACUUCAAUUGGAACGACAGUAAUAAUAUGCAUUGGAACGUUUCAGGCAAUUGAAAAUUUAAAAGAUGAAAUGUUGAAUAAUGUUGAAUCAUAUCGUAUUACAAUGGAUGAUAUUCUUCAAACAAAUAUUCAUGAUAUUGGAUUUCAAUAUGACGAAGCAGGUAGUUAACUGUUUGCUUGAAUUGUGACUAUGCAAUGUUCUUCAAAUGCACUUGAAAUACAACCCCCUGUUGCUUAAAUGGUCAAUGGUCUAGUAUUUUUAUUUUGUAGAAAAAGGUAAAAAAUGGCUUCAUGUCACGGUGUCAUACAUAUGUCAAGGUGUUGAGCAGAAGGAACGUGCAAAUACAACACUUGUGAGAAUUCCACUGCCACGCAUCACACGAUUCAGGUAAGAUGCAGGGAAUAUUUGUAUUAAAACUAGUUUGUAUUAAUGCUUCAUGUCUAUUAUUAUCUCAUUUCAGUUUUCGUAAAGAGUGCACCACUGGAGUGGAAGAUGAUUGGAUAAUUACCCAAGUUAUAAACUUUAAACAAGACCAGUGGCGGAAACUAGGGGGAGGGCAAGGGGGAUAAUUUUAGCUAGCUUUCAUGUUGAAAAAUGUGACCAAUGUGAAAAAUGUGACCGGAUGACAUAAAACAUCACAAGUAUAGGUGCACUUUGACCUUUAGAAUCGAUUUCUGGCAUUUCCAGAGUCAUAUGAUACAAACAUUGCAUUGUUUUGACGUUUUUCUAGUUGGGAUCAGAAAUGGAAAUACCAUGAUAAAAGAUUCAAACUUGAAGAUACAAGCUCGAAAAUGACACUCCCCCCCCAACGUUUCACAAAGUUUCUGCCACUGAACAAGACACAGUUAGAUGACAGAUUUACUUAACAUCAGUUGAACUGUCAGUCUUGGUAUCUUGCAACUGGUCUGAAGAUGGCAAUAUUCAAGAAUCUCAUGCGAACGUAAACAGCUUGUCUCAGCUGUCUGUAUAACACUGUAGAGCCUAGAGUCUUGGAAAAACACCCUGAACUGUAGUAUGCCCAACACGAGACCAAGGGAUUGUACAUCAACUUUAUAUGAAGUGCUGCUUUUUUUAUGAUAGUUUUGUAUAUAUUCAUGUAACAAAAUUAAAAGUUUGUAAGACACAAUAUAUAUACUACAUGAUUUUUGACACAUUGAAAGUGCAGAUUUGAGAAAAAGCAAUUGAAAUUACUUUGCCGCAUUA